AUGGACCAGUUUUCGCCCAUCAACCCGACAGCUUCUCUCUAUGUGGGAGACCUGCACCCCAGCACCACUGAGAUGAUGAUAUAUGAGGCCUUCAGCCAGGUGGGGCCCGUCAUCUCCGUGAGGGUGUGCAGACACCGCCUGACCCGCCGCUCCCUUGGUUAUGGUUUUGUGAACUACCAGAACCGCCAAGAUGCUGAGCGAGCCCUGGACGAAUUGGCAUUCACAACGAUCAACGGCCGGCCGGCGCGGAUCAUGUGGUGCCAACAUAACCCCUCCCAGAGAGCCAGCGGAGCGGCCAACAUCCUCAUCAAGAACCUCGACAAGUCCAUCGACAGCCUGGCCCUCCUGGACACGUUCUCGGCCUUCGGGACAGUGCUGUCCUGUAAAGUGGCCUGUGACGACAACAACAUCUCCAGGGGUUACGGCUACGUCCACUUCGAGACGGCAGAGGCCGCUGAGCGGGCCACUAAGACGCUGAACGGAAUGCUGUUUAACGACCAGCAAGUAACAAUUGAACCGUUCCAGCCGUACGAGGACAGGGAGGCUGAGCUUGCGAUACAGGCCAGGGAGUUUACCAACGUCUAUGUCAAGAACUUUGGAGACGACAUGGAUGAUGGGAGGCUAAAAGAGCUCUUCAGCAAAUACGGACCCACAUCCAGCGUCUGUGUGAUGAGGGACGAGAGCGGAGGGUCGAAGGGAUUUGGAUUUGCCCGGUUUGAGACACAUGAGGACGCACAGAAGGCGGUGGACGACCUUAACGGCAAAUACCUGAACGGCCGGCAGCUGUUUGUGUGUCGUGCCCAGAAGAGAGGAGAGCGGCAGAUCGAGCUCAGGCGCCGGUUUGAGCCCGAGACCCUGGAUCGCAGGGGCAGGUAUCAGGGGGUCAACCUGUAUAUCCACAACUUGGAUUCAGACAUGAAUGAGGAGCGUCUGUACAGAGCUUUCAGUGAGUUUGGAAGCAUCGUAAGCGUCAAGGUGGUGAGAGAGGGGGAACGGUGCAAAGGGUUUGGGUUUGUGUGUUUUUCGUCCCCCGAGGAGGCCAGCAAGGCCAUUAAGGAGAUGAACGGCCGUGUGUUGGGCACCAGGGCCCUCUAUGUGGUGCUGGCCUGGGCUUGCCCCGGUGUCCGUCUCCAGCAGGGGCCCUGUAUGCGACCCCGACGGGAGGCCUACAUGGGACCCCGGUAUCAGCCUUACAGGCGACCCCGGCAGGACCCACAGCGGGAGCGUAACGCACGCUUCAGACGUGGGCCCCACACGCCCCCCCAGCAGGAGGCACACUCACACACCCACAGCCUCACCCAGACCUCCAUCAGCAACCUCAACCAGACCUCCAGCAGCCUCACCCAGACCUCCAGAAUGAGGACCACCCACACCCCCAGCAGCAGCCUCACCAACAGUGGCGGCCCCGUGCACGUGACCGACGUGAGCCCCACCGGCGUCCGCAACAUGGGCCCUACGUGCGCCCUCAGCGGGAGCCAGGAGGCCCACUCACACACCCAGUGGGAGCCUUGGGAAUGCCCCAACUGUGGGCACAACAUUCGGCCCCAAUAUGAGCCCGAUGUGCAGCCCUGA